CUGUUGACGCAUCAACGCUGGCCAAUCACAUGCCGUGUCUCCAAUGUGCAGGAUCAGACUGACCAAUAAGAAAACAUCACGGGGCGGGAUGCGUUCAGUCCACUCACACCUCCACACGGAGAAAAUCACUGGUGUUGGAGAGCGAUCGAGAGCCAGGCAAAACCCGAAAGUGGAGCCGCCUAACGGGGACAGAUAGCCUGCACACACCGGGAGACACAGACCGAGACAGGGAGGGUGCUUUUUGAAGAGAGAACUGCUACCAUGGACAUGUCAGUGUGAGCAGCUCCAGACACAGUCCCGCUCUCCAACAGGCUCACCGCGGCCGCGAGCAUGUCGACGGUAGAAGGAGCCGGCCAGAGAGAGGAAGGGGAGUACGGAAGGGCGGCAAAGCGGCUGAAAACGGAGGAGAGGGAGACAGAGGCGGAGGAGAAAGAGGAGGGGGAAGAGGAGCUGGAGGAGGGGGAAGAUUCGGACUCCAGCUCGCUCCCCGGUAAUGGAGAGUCAGCGGCGGACAACCGGGCCCGGUGGAGCGCCAGCCAGUACGGAGCAGGACGGAGGGAUAAUGGGGAGGACUCUCAUCGUAUCUCUCCCAGUCCUGUGGUCCAUGUAAGGGGUCUGUGUGAGGCUGUGGUGGAAGCAGACCUGAUAGAUGCCCUGGAGAAGUUUGGACCCAUAUGUUAUGUGAUGAUGAUGCCAUUCAAACGUCAAGCCCUGGUGGAGUUCUCUGCAGUGGAGAGUGCUGACCGCUGUGUGUCCUGUGGAGCCAAGGAGCCUGUAUACAUUGCAGGCCAACAGGCGUAUUUUAAUUAUUCCACAUCUAAGAGAAUCACCAGGCCGACCAAUGCUGACAACCCCAACAGUGGCAACAAGGUCCUCCUGUUGUCCAUACAGAACCCUCUCUACCCUAUAACCACGGAUGUUUUGUACACAGUGUGUAACCCCAUUGGCAGUGUGUUGAGGAUCGUCAUCUUUAAGCGAAAUGGAAUCCAGGCCAUGGUGGAGUUUGAGUCAGUUCAGUGUGCCCAGAAGGCCAAGGCUGCACUGAACGGAGCUGACAUCUAUGCUGGUUGCUGCACUCUCAAGAUUGAAUAUGCCAGACCAACACGUCUGAACGUGAUAAAGAACGACAAUGAAAGCUGGGACUACACUAAGCCAUACCUGGUCAGACGAGAUCGUGGAAAGGGCAGGCAGAGACAGGCCAUUUUAGGAGAACACCCAUCAUCCUACAGCGAUAACGGCUAUGGUCCACCCUGCCCCCUGCUGCCUCUGCCUGGCAACAGCAGGUAUAAGCUUACCUCAGUGGAUGUUCCAGACAUGGUGUCCUACCCUCUGCCCCAGUCAUCUUCCUCUUACUCUGGCCAUGCCCCUAGCUCUGUUGCCAUGGUGAGUGGCCUCCAUCCAUCCAAGAUGAACUGCACCCGCAUCUUCAACCUCUUCUGCCUGUAUGGCAACAUUGAAAAGGUGAAGUUUAUGAAGAGUGUUCCUGGUACAGCACUGGUUGAGAUGGGAGAUGAGUAUGCUGUGGAUAGAGCCAUUACACACCUCAACAGCAUCAAGGUGUUUGGCAAGAGACUCAACGUUUGUGUGUCGAAGCAGCAUGCUGUGAUCCCCAGCCAGGUGUUUGAGUUAGAGGAUGGCAGCAGCAGCUACAAGGACUUUGCCAUGACCAGGAACAACCGCUUCAGCAGCGCUGGACAGGCCUCCAAAAACAUCAUCCAGCCUCCUUCUGCAGUGCUGCACUACUACAAUGUUCCUCCAUGCAUAUCACAGGACCAUUUACUGAGGCUGUGUACGGAGCAUGACGUGCCUGGCUUUGUCAAAUUCAAGAUGUUUGAUGCCAAACCCUCCUCUAAGACCAUCUCUGGCUUGUUAGAGUUUGACAGUAAGACCGAGGCUGUGGAGGUUCUUACUGUUCUCAACCACUACCAGAUCAGGAUACCCAAUGGCUCCAACCCAUACACCCUGAAACUGUGUUUCUCCACUUCAUCUCACCUCUAAAAACCUGCAAAGCAGGAGAAGAGGCUGCUGAGCGUGGUGAUGACUGACCUCUGACCUGAGAGAGGGAGGACCAGUACAGAGAGGCAGACAGACAAGUUGAGAAGAGAGAUGAACAUACAGAAAAUGAAAGAAGAGAAUGAAGUAAAGACAGAGAGAUGGCCUUUAAAGACGACAAAGAAGGUGGACAGAAAAGUGAAGACAGUCACUGUAUACAAACUGAACAUCAAACAUACAAACAUCAUCCCUCCUUCCAAUCACAACUCAACAAGCUGACAGACAUGUGACUAUCUGAGAUACUACUAAUAAUAUUCUAAUAUCUAAAAUCAACAAAGGAAAGUGCUUAAACACAAGUUCUUAUUUAGGGUUCAUUAGUCCUACAUUAACUCUCUAGUCCUGGCAGCAGCGAGGUUGAAGGACAGAGGUAUCGCUCCACUAUGUUGUCUGUAACUUCAGCCCAGAGUGAGAUAUAUCAAAUACGGACCCAGUCAUGAAGUUUGCUGUGGAUAUUCCUGGUCCCCAGAGGAAGACUCUUAAUGAUUUUGGUGACCCCUGUGAUCUUUCUCCUGAUGCCAGCAUAAGGUUAAAAAUUUCUGCCAACCAACAUAUUGGUCUAUGACAUGGUAUCUGGAAAAUUAAUGGCAGGAUUUUCAUGAAAUGUAUUCAUAUUUAUCAAUUCCACCAUCACCUGAUAUACAAAAGAAAUAUCAAACUCUAAUUGGCAAAUUGUCAUGAAAUUUACUGGACACAUUCAUGCUUCUCAGAAGAUGACUGCUUUUCAGUUUCAGUUUUCAGUGAUCUUCCCUUUAGCACUGCCCUCAGGCCAAAAUAUCAACUUUGCAUACAUAAUAUCUAUCAACUUUGCAUACAUAAUAUCUAAUAAUGUAACUGGAAAGUUGCCGUUAAUGUUGCCUAAUCACAUAAUCACAUUCAUGCUCCCAAGUAGAUGAACCCCUUUGAUUUUCAUGCUUCUCAGACCUUUUCUGCAGCACCACCCUUUAAGACAAAUGUUCCAUUUUUAAGUCCCACAAUUGGUGAGUGUCUAAAAAUAGCAAAAUCAUCGGUGUGUUAUUUAUUCUGUCUUUAGAAAUGUGGGAUGUAAUGAAAUUAUAGCCUCAACGGCUUAUUAGCAGGGCUUUAGACUUUUGGGUUGACAGCAGUGGCACUGGAUGUUAUUGUUAAUACAAAAGUUUCUUGACAAAGAGCAACUGUGUCUAGAAAGCCAGAGUUAACAGAUUGAGAGGGUGAAGCUAAUUAAAAAUAAUGAGCAGGGUCAGUAGUCCAUGUACCACUGGUUUUAAAGUUUCAUCAGCCACAAAACUAAUCACACUUACCUGAGUAUUUCAUUAUUACAGCUUCCAUUAUUGCCUGAAUAAUGGAGUGCUGUUACAUAUAAAAUACUGUCAAGUGGUAUAGUGUAUCUGGUAGGGUUUGUAGACUUUACUGUGACUUCUGCUAAUUUAAAAUACUUUUUUUUUAUCUCAUCUGUGUUUUCACUAUAAUAUUUUGAAAUAUUGCUAAAGGCUGAAAACUCAUGAUAUAUCUCUGUUACUCAGUAUUGUGUAUAUACAAUGUUAUCUUUUAUUUUAUUUGUGUGGCAGUGGGUGCAAGGUAUUUAUGAUACCAGUAUAAUAUUAUAGAGACUGUUUGUUUUUAUUGAUUUUUUGCCAACUCAGUCUGUAGAUUAUGUCUGUAGAUUAUUAUAUUAUUUCCAUCUGGCUGUUACAAAGUAAGGAUAUUCAUAACACGCCCAUCAGGAUGGCCACACCAAACACAAUGACAUAUAGCACUAACUUCAGUGCUGCAGGGCUGAUUUCACCAGUUUACUCCUGUUAUAGACUAGCAGCCUUUUUAAUUUUGAGGAUGGAAAGCAAAGUAUUUGGGGGACAAGAGUAGAAUUACAGUGGAUCUGUUGAUUCCUCUCUACACUCCUGCUCUCUGUGUUGUACUGUACAUACCUGAUGUAACAUUUGUUACUACAUAUAACACAGAUAAAUUACAACAAUGCCAUACAGUUAUUUACUCUCCUCUAGGUUAUUGUUGCGAUAGUGUUUAUGCUGGUGCUUGAAUUAUUACAAAUCAUUACUGUGUAGAUACAGCUGGUGGACUUUUGGACAGAAAGUGAAAAUCAUAGUUUAAAGCAGCAAGAUGUGUUCACAGUGAAGCAGUGACUUUGAGUUGGUGCAUUUAGUGACACUCUAAAAUCCACCAUCUUGGAUUCAAUGAGAUUCAUUGUAUUUUUCAAAACAUCCAUGUUUGAUUAUUGUUUGACAAAUUUUAGAGGUACAAACAUCCUUGAAUGCAGAACCGAGGAAAGAUUUCGAAAUGGUCCCUUCUCAGAACAGCAUUAUCACAUGAUGAACUUAAUAAAGAUAAAAGGAUUAGCAGUAUAAUGUAGUACUAUAUAUGUAUACACUCACCGGCCACUUCAUGAGGUACAUCUGU